AUGAACAAAAGGGAAGAUGAAGUGGAGAGUAUCAUAGAAGAAGUUGUGCGCAAUUAUGAGGAUUGGUACGAAGGUGAGAGGGAAGCCACUUCUAGCAAAGGAACGGUACAUUCCGUCGAGCAAACCAAUGCCAUCACAAAUCUUUCCAACCAAAUGGCAAAGAUGGCGAAACAAAUGGAGGAGUUCAUGAAAUCAAGUUCCCAAAAUGCUUCCUCCCCUUCUCCCAAGGGAGGCCAUGGUAUGAAUCCUUCUACUUCUUCUCCCUCUAAUUACAAUGCCAUGCCUCCUGGUUGUAUGUUUUGUGAUAUAUGUGGAGGCUAUGAUCAUAAUUCUCAACAAUGUAUGUCCAUAAGUGAAGGUCCCCCUCCCCAUGAAAAUGAUGAUAAUGUUGAAGAUGUUAAUGCCAUGAAUUUUGUGCCCCGUGAGGGAAAUAAUGGAAUGCGACCAAAUUGGAAUCAAAACCCAAACCGUGUCAACCCCAAGUCUAUGUAUGCCAUUACUACUAGAAGUGGGAAGAUCCUUGAGAGUGAACUAAAUGUUGAGAAGAGUCCCGAUGUGAGGAUAGGACUUGAGGUUGAGGAUGAAUCAUCAAGAGAGAAUGAGAUUCUAGAGGGAAGUGCCGGAAAGAAUGAGAGGGAUGUAGUAAAGAGCUUGCAUGUUUCUAUACCCUUUGUGGAUGCUAUGAAAGAGAUGCCACACUACUCUAAAUUCCUAAAAGACCUCCUGAAUGGAAGGAGAGAAGUUGAAACCGUUAGCUUAACCGCAAAUUGUAGUGCUAUUCUCUCCAGUAAGCUACCAACUAAAUUGCAAGAUCCCGGUAGUUUUUCCAUCCCUUGUUCUAUCAAUGAAGUUCAUUUGGGGAAGGCUUUGUGUGACCUAGGUGCUAGUGUGAGUUUAAUGCCUUUCUCGGUCUACCAAAAGCUUAAUGUGGGAAACCUUUCACCUACAAACAUCACCCUCCAAUUAGCAGAUAGGUCCACAAAAUUGCCUAUAGGGAAAGUAGAGGACAUACCCCUUAGAGUCGGUAAGUUCACUUUUCCGGUGGACUUUUAUGUUCUUGAAAUGGAUGAAGAUGAAAGAAUUCCUAUAAUCUUGGGUAGGCCAUUCCUAGCUACCUCUAAAGCAAUUAUUGAUGUCAAAGAAGGCAAGAUGACCUUGAAGGUUGACAAUGAUUCUAUCGAAUUUGAUUUGAAUAAGGUGAUGAGACAACCUUCCUCUGACAAUGAAUGUUUUAGAAUAGAUACAAUUGAAAACUUGAUGAAUGAGUUUAGAUACCCUUAUAUGCAUGCUUCUAAUGAUCUACUUGAGAAUGUUUUGUUGAAUGAGAAUGAGGUAGGUGAUCAAAAGGAGAUGCAAUUAUAUGAGGAAAUGCUUGAUGAAGAAAGAAGAGACAACCCCCGACCAAGAGAUGCCCCAACCGUAUGA